GGCGUGGGCAGCGGUUCCUACGUGCAGGCGGGUACUGCUCUUCCCGGGCAGCAUGGCGGAUGCGGCCCUUCAACUCAAGAGAAAGCGCGAGCCCGAGGCAGAGGAGGCAGAAACCCCCAGCACAGACGGGAAGGAAGCAGGCGUGGGCAAUGGUGCCUCUGCCCCUGUCCGCUUACCGUUCUCCGGCUUUAGAGUCCAAAAAGUGCUGAGGGAGUCUGCGCGGGACAAAAUCAUUUUUCUGCACGGGAAGGUGAAUGAGGACUCUGGGGAUCCACCUGGAGAAGAUGCUGUGGUGAUCCUGGAGAAGACACCAUUUCAGGUAGAGCACGUGACGCAGCUCCUAACAGGAAGCCCUGAGCUCAAGUUGCAGUUCUCCAACGAUAUCUACAGCACCUAUAACCUGUUUCCGCCAAGACAUCUUAGCGAUAUAAAGACUACUGUGGUGUACCCUGCCACAGAGAAACACCUGCAGAAGUACAUGCGUCAGGACCUCCGCCUGAUCCGAGAGACUGGAGAUGACUACAGGAACAUCACUUUACCCCACCUGGAGUCCCAGAGCCUCAGCAUCCAGUGGGUGUACAAUAUUCUCGACAAGAAGGCUGAAGCUGACCGGAUUGUUUUUGAGAACCCGGACCCUGCUGAUGGCUUUGUCCUCAUCCCAGACCUCAAGUGGAACCAGCAGCAGCUUGAUGACCUGUACUUGAUUGCCAUCUGCCAUCGCCGGGGUAUCAGAUCACUUCGCGACCUCACCCCAGAGCACCUGCCGCUACUGAGGAACAUUCUCCGGGAAGGACAAGAAGCCAUCCUGAAGCGCUACCAGGUGACAGGAGACCGCCUGCGCGUGUACCUGCACUACCUGCCUUCUUACUACCACCUGCAUGUGCACUUCACUGCCCUGGGCUUCGAGGCUCCCGGCUCAGGUGUGGAGCGGGCACACCUGCUGGCUGAAGUGAUCGAGAACCUGGAGUGUGACCCCAAGCACUAUCAACAGCGCACUCUUACUUUUGCGCUUAGGACUGAUGAUCCCCUGCUUCCGCUCCUGCAAGGAAGCCCAGCAACUUCCACUGAGAGUGCCUGAAGAGAGGGGAACUACUGGACCGGGGCUUGGGUAGUGUGGGCUGGGUUUUAUCUCUGAGGGAUUUCCCUAAAAUGUAUUUUGUAGUUUCUUGGCCUUUCAGCAAAGGUCAAGUGUAAGGUGUAUUUUGUACUGUUUUAUUUCUCACAGGAGAAUAAAGUACUUUCUUACUGA